AGUGAAGGUAUCAUCCUUGAAUUUUUCCCUCAGAGCUGGGUAUGACUAUUGCAUUGUCUCUCGCCUCACCACUCCCUCUCCCACACGUCACCACUCUGAUUUAGAACUUACACUGAUUUUCUUACUUUUUUGGCAUGUCGCUCUUGUAGAAGUACCUCCCGGUCAAUACCGUGAACGAUUUCAAGUAAGACAGAUAUGUAAAUGCUGUCCAUGUCCUCUGAAUUUUUAUGAAUUUUCCUUUUAUUAUAUAUACUACUUCGAUUGUUUUUCUUUGUCUUGUGGAACUGGAACCGGAAGGAAGGAACCGUCUAUCUUCGACCAGAGACAAGGAGAACACAGUCCACACACUUAUUUUGCAUGAUCCUCAGCACUAGGACUAGGUAGAUAGUAAUUCCAAUUAAACAGCUAGAAGUACUACACUUUCAGUUCCUUCGUUCGUAUGUAUGCUUAAGGGAAAAUCAAAAUUGUUCAUUUGAACAUCCAUCGUUCUUGAAGUCGCAGUGCUAAUUAUAGGAGGAAAAAUCACAUGACAAUCAUGUUUUCGGACAAUUUUAUACCUGGGACGCCACGACGACGGUCGUUGUUGGCGCAGCAAAAUAAUCCGUUCGGAAACCGGUUUGAUAUGAACGAGCGUGCGCGUUUGGGCGGUCCACAAUAUGGCGAGUUGUAUUCCGCUCUCGCUCCUUAUGGAGGUAUCGCCAGCUCCCCAGCAGCGGCGGGGAACGCGCCGCCAUUUCCCGAUCAGCGCAGCGCAAUGAUGUACGCCAGUUCAGGUGCUGGACACCCCUUUGGCCUACAGAGUUUCCCGCCACUGUCGGCACCACGGUUCGCUUUGGGCUCAUUAGGGAUAGCCCAAAACAACAUGAUGCAACCGUACGAUCCUCUGAACCCAAUGGGCGUGGUUCCGAUGGGAGGACCCGCCGGGAACGGAAUGCUUGCUACACCACGUGGUGGAACCAUGAUGGGUGGAGUGCCACAGCCUCAGAUGUUGAUGCAUCAGCCAACUUACGGUCUUCAAAAUCAAAAUGGUAUCCAACAAUUACAAAGCGUUUGGGGUCAACAGAGCCGAUUCGGGCAAGCCCUCGUAGCAGCCGCCCUCACUCAAAGAGACAUGGAGGAAAGAGAACAGUACCUUACUGGCUUUGAAGAUCCUCUUGUUGCGUUUUUGUUUUUUUUUCGUACAGAGUUUUACAACUUCUAGUACAUCAAAUGAAAAAUCCAUCUCUGUAUUUAUACUGAAUAAAGAUGAAGUACAUGAUCAUUCUGAGUUGGGACAAAUUGACCGGUCAUAGAGUCCUUCCAAGAACAUCAACGUCAUAUUUUUUGAACAAGGAUAUUUAUUUAGCCUCUUUUGCUCCAUCCGAAGAGGUGUGAUCAUGUAGAAAUUGUACUAGUAGAAAACUGACGAUCUACAUAGUUUUUCGUCUUCCCGUGUGCGUGCUUCCUUAUUAUAUUUAUAGUAAAUAACCGACACAUAAAAUCAUUAUUAAUACCACAUCGAUCAGGGUGGCUUUGGAGAUUCAUCAGCUGCGGUUGAAUCGGCUUGAGGAUGUGAUAGAUGUCUUAGCAGUGGAGUCAGGCAACGUUGUGCAGGAUCAUGAGAUGAGACUACGGAAAAUUGAAGGUUUCCUGUCCGCAGAGGUUACGAAGAUGGUCACGGACCAACAAAAUUCACUCGACACACGCGCAGUCACUGCUAAACAGAACCUUCCACCAAGUACUGCACUUAUACCGACAGCUGCCUUACCCCUGGGAACGGGCAAAUGAUGAUGUUCAAGGAAAUCACCAACAAAAAAUUAGUCGCUCGUCAUGAGAGUAAGCAAAUUGUAACUUUUGGACGAUGAGAUGAAAUAUGAAUAAACAUAAGUGGUUCAAAGAUUGUGAUUGAUGGUAGACCUCGUAGAACAAGUAGCAUUAGAUGUAGAAUUGUUAGACUUAGAGAACAGAUCACAACUACUCAGAAAUAGUAAGUGUAGUACACGUCAAGAUAGUACUUCUACGACCUGCUGCAUUAGUUCGCUGUUAGUAUUGCGUACCACUGAAUCCUUGAAAUGUAAUUAUACCAAGAUCAUGUAGUUGACAACUAGUUAUUUGGGGUAUGUAGUCAUGACGAUACUACUUCUAUACACAUGGUAUUGAUGGAUACGCAUAGGCAACAUAGUGAUCGACCAGAGCUUUUGUGUACACUGCUUCUGCCUAGAAGUGUUGUAAACAUCACAUCAUGAUCACGAAGCCACGUCAUGAACAACAGCUGAGGACAGUCAUAGGCUAGGGUCAUGAAUUGUGAUAUGACCUGGGGACGCAAGAGAUAUGGAUAUCUGCUAUAGGGCUG